AUGUCAGCCAAUGAAACAGCAGAGUUCUUUCCCCCGCCAUUUACCUCCCUUGAAGAGUUUUUGCUUUACAUACAAGUUCGUGAUGGACAGACAACAGCCGUCCCAUACAUCUGUGGAAUCGGAUUCGUGACCAACCUGGUAUCGUUGAUUGUAUUCGUACAACCUAACCUCAGACGAUCCUCUUGUGGCGUCUACCUGGCGUCUAAAUCCGUGUCUGACCUAGUUUUUCUGCUGACUGUGUUGAUCGUCUGGUUGACCCGAGUGGACAUCAAGAUAUUUUUCACUUCCGGUGUAUGUCAGACCGUCAUCUUCUGCUCCUACUUAUCCUCCUUCGUGUCUAUCUGGUUGGCUGUCGUGCUGACUGUUGAAAACCUGCUCUGUGUCGUCAAACCCUGGUUCGUCAAAAGAUCCUGUAACGCCACUUCUGCUUUGGCCCUCACAGCUUCCAUACUUAUAUUUGGAAUCGGGAUUUACCAGUUUUCUAUUUGGAACAACGGAAUCGGGAAUUUCUAUGAAAGGCCAGCGAUAUCAUCUAACAAAACGGGACCCCUGGAGUUCAAUCUAUCUGAACCUCAGCGUGAGACCGGCUUAAUCAACCAAACAAUGUUCAUGCACAGAGAGCUUUAUAUGUCCAACUUAUCCUCACUUGAUAAUGUUACGGACGAACCGUACGAGGGUAUAUGUACCCACUUCGAAAUCUACGCCGAUUAUAUACUUAUCAUGACUUACAUUGACACGUUAUUAACCAUUAUUAUCCCUAUUGUUAUUCUUGCUGUAACUAACGCCGCUAUCGCCAUCAUCGCCUGCCGCACCUCCAGAAGAACGAGAGUUCGAACCAGAGCGUCCACCAGCACACAGGGAUCUACUGGGGCUUCCCUGGCCAGACCCCGCUACAGUAUAGCGUCUUUAGAAACGAGAGCCUGUAAAUUUUUGUUUAUGGUAUCCAUGACGAUCCUAAUUUUCCAGACCCCAGGUCACGUGAUACGACUGACAACGCUCUUCUCCUUUGGAUGGCUGGAGGUCGUCCUUCAGAGACUCUUCGAGACUUUGCUCUACCUUCAUUACGUCAUCAACUUUUUUGUUUACAUUAUCUUUGGUGAUAACUUCAGGCAGGUUUUUAUCUCACUUUGUAAAGGAAAGAAAUGCUAG